UUUCUUUCAGCUGGCAGUGUCCUCAUCUUUGUAACCAAGAAGGCAGAUAGCGAAGAGCUUGCAGCAAAAUUGAAGACUAAAGAUUUUGACGGUAAGCGGCAAUGUGCAAGAAAGUGGUUAAUUAAGGCUAAUAAGCGGGUGUUUCCUGUAAAAGGGCAGUUAUUUGAGAUAAAAUAAGUAGAUGCGAAGAUGAUAUCAGUUAAUCAGUUUACCUUUUGAGUAUGGAUUGUUGCUUGUCGAUAUUGGAAAAUUUUCUUUCAACCAUACCGUGAACUUUCGCUUAUAAGAAUUCCUCCUUGCGAAACGUCCUCCAGUGGCGAUGGGCGAGGAGAAACGUCUGUUUUCGCGGGCUAUCAAUCUGCAAACCAAAAGAAAACAUGCGAUUAAAAGCCCCCCUCAAACUUGUAAGGGAAUGAAUUCGAUUUAUCAUGACGUUUUCAAGCUUAAUUAGAAACCAGUAAAGUGUAAAACGCUUUGUGAUCAGCACUGCUAUAACUUGUUUCGAUGCUCUUUUUUUCGACCAGUUUGAAAGAAACAAAGUCAUCAACGCUUUCAAGAGACCGGAGGUUCCAGUCUUAAGCAUCAUAUAAAGUACUCAAAACACGAACGGUUGAGUACUUUAUAUGAUGUUUAAUCAUUAUUUUUUGCUCGCGCAUUUAGUUUUGUUGUUGCACGGAGACAUGGACCAGUUUGAAAGAAACAAAGUCAUCAACGCUUUCAAGAGACAGGAGGUUCCAGUCUUAGUAGCAACCGAUGUAGCAGGUAGGAUGCGUAGCCAGUUAUUUUACCCACAGAGAAGUUUAUUUUCACACGCUAUUAGUCGGUUCUUAAUUUUACGACUGUUAAUGGGGACCUUAAGCAACUAGAAUGUUGACAUCCUGGGUCCGGUUCCUGGAACGCUGAUUAGCCCUAAUCCAGGGUUACCUUCCUAUGCAUUACUUAGAGAAACAUUUUAUGUAAAUCAUUACUGUGUCUCAGAGUAAAGGCUAAAAAGUAUUUUGUAAGCUUGAGUUAGAUGCUCUUCGCUUAAUCCUGGAUUAAACUUCACCAUCUUUCUAGGAACCGGGCCCUGGAGGUCAAAAAUGGCAACGGAAGCUGACAUUUUCUCUCUUUCAGUGCUUUGGCUCGACAAAUUUGUACAGUGGGAGUUAAUACAAAAGGCAUUCAGAUACGUUGUGCGAGACAAAAACCUUUACCAAGCAAAACGUCGAACUUCCAGUUGCUAUUCAUGUCGUCUGGGAGGUCAGCGUUCUCGUUGUUUAAGCUUGCUAAUAUUCCAUGUAUGCUCCAUUUUCAGCUCGUGGAUUGGACAUCCCGUCAAUCAAAACGGUCAUAAACUAUGAUGUAGCACGUGAUAUUCACACGCACACGCACCGGAUUGGUCGAACUGGAAGAGCGGGUAAUUACUUAUUACAUUCACCCAUAGACUCAAUAGGAGACAUAAAAAAUGCUAAUUCUAACUUUUUAGUUUGUUGAUAAAAUCCUGUAAGGUGUGAACGUAAGAACCCCUGAACGUAAGAAUCCCUGUAUGCAAGAAUCCCUCAACGAGAGAUCCCUGGAACGUAAAAACCCGUGAACGUAAGAACCUAUGAACGUAAGGACCCCUGAAAGUAAGAACCCCCGAAUGUGAGAACACCUGGACGUAAGAACCCAUGGAUGUAAUAACCCCUGAACGCAUGAACCCCUUGAUUUAAGAACCCCUGAACGUCAGAAUGCCUGAAGGUAAGAACUCCUGGGCAUAACAACCCCUGAACGUAAGAAACCCUGUAUGUUAGAACCCCUGAACCUAACACCACCUGAAUUUAAGAACCCCUGAACGUAUGAACCCUUGAACCCAAGAAUCCUUGAGCGUAAGAAGCCAUAAACGCAAGAUCCCCUGAACGUAAAAACUCCCAAACGUAAGAAUCCCUGUAGCGUUUUGCUCAUUGAUUUUGUCUUUUCUUGUCUAGGUGAGAAGGGCGUGGCUUACACCCUUAUAACACCAGCGGAUCAGAACUUUUCAGGAGAUCUCGUGCGGAAUUUGGUGAGUUCUAAUAAUAACUAGCUACCGUAAAAAGCCCGUAUAAAGUAAUUACUGUACGUUACACUGCUUACCUCCUCCUCCGAUGACCUCAUAGUGGGCCAGACCACAGGGAGCCCGAACGCUGUUUUAGCUAAUAGACGCGCCAGACAAGCAAACGCAUUUAAUAACCAGCAAUGUUAUUUAAUAACCGUCUCUGAUCGGAUUCAAAUCUCUUCCAAAACGACUUAUAAAAACAGUGACAGGAACAAAGGAAAAUGUAUCUCAUUGUUUUAUUAGCUAAUACAGCGUAAAUACAUUUAUUUUUUUUCUAUUAGCUAAAACAGCGUUUGGCCUCCCUGUGGCCAGACGGAACAGUCACUCCUUAUUUCCCCCAUCUCUGGCCAUCCCCUGCCCGUGUAAAUUCCACGGUCCUCUUUAUAUUUGAAAUAUCAUUUUCCUUAGUUGCUUUUUACUUUUCUCUUGUGGUCAUUUUAAUUCUUGAUUGCCAAUUUAGUGCGUCACUUCAUGUGACCAUUUNUGAACGUAAGAAACCCUGUAUGUUAGAACCCCUGAACCUAACACCACCUGAAUUUAAGAACCCCUGAACGUAUGAACCCUUGAACCCAAGAAUCCUUGAGCGUAAGAAGCCAUAAACGCAAGAUCCCCUGAACGUAAAAACUCCCAAACGUAAGAAUCCCUGUAGCGUUUUGCUCAUUGAUUUUGUCUUUUCUUGUCUAGGUGAGAAGGGCGUGGCUUACACCCUUAUAACACCAGCGGAUCAGAACUUUUCAGGAGAUCUCGUGCGGAAUUUGGUGAGUUCUAAUAAUAACUAG